GGUCUCGGGAAAGUUCAUCUGUUGAUCUGUUUUAGGGCUGGGCUACCCUCAGACAUUGUUUGUGUGUGCAAGGGACUAACUUCUUUUCAUCAUUACACCUACUGUGGUCAACUUAAUUCGUGUUUUUUUUAAAUAACUAAAAUAUAAUUCAAAACAUGUCUGUUCUUACGUUAGAAGCUAAACUUGAAAGAACAGACAGCUCUACACCAUGGGGAUUUCGAAUGCAAGGCGGAAAGGAUUUCAGUAGUCCUCUGACUAUUCAGAAGGUUAACCCUGGCAGUCUGGCGGCCAAAUGCGGUCUACAAGUGGGAGAUAUUAUUCUAAAAAUCGGAGCCAGGUCAACUGAAGAUUUACGGCACAAAGAUGCGCAGUCGUCCAUUUUAGAUAGCGGCAACCAUCUUGAUUUGCUCAUACAAAGAAUUCGAGAGAGAGGUCAGAGCAAUGGAUGGGGAGGCGCUCCUGGUUAUGAUAAAUUCAACAAUGUACAAGUCAAUUCAACAUGGAAUGCUCAGCCUAUCAAUGUAACAGCUGCACCACUUUCUUCCCAGAACUUUAAUUCAGCCCCUCGUCCAUUUGGCAGUCAAGCGCCAGUCAAAUCUAGCUAUGAAACAAAUCUUUCGCUACAAACCUCCAACCUGUCCUUAGCCAGUGAGCCAAACGUGGCGCCACCUUUCCAAUCUGCCGCUGAAAAAUAUGCAGAACGAGAGGAGCAGCCUGACCCAGCCCAGCAUCAGUCCAAGUCUUUCAAAUAUUUGGCUAAUCUCAUGGAUGAAGGGAGAGAACUGAACACAGCCUUAAAGCCCCGGGUAGCUGGCAGUGUUAACAAGACAGAGCCCAGGGGCCCGUCCCCGACACCCAUAGGCCCUGGCAGUAAGCCGGGGACGGUCAAGGCAAUAGUCUCCCAGAAGUACAAUAACCCCAUUGGGCUCUACUCCUCAGAGAACGCGUCCACCCAGUUGGAAGGUCAAUCCAAAUUUCUCAUAGAGAAAGAUGACACACCAGGUAACUUUAAUACAGAAGAGCUACCACCACCACCACCUCCCCUUAAUCCCAGCGAGUACGACGAGCAAGGCAGAAAAAAGUAUAUUCCCUCCGAAACCUUUUUCCUUGUCCAGGAAGAAGUUGGUCUCAUAAAGAAAGAGGAUGAGCCCAAAGUGGCCCACUCUCGCACAUUUAAAAAACUGGAACAACAGUUAAACAGUGGAGCACCACAGCCUGCUUAUGUCCCACCAUACAAGCCAGUGCCCACCCCCAGCUACCAGCCACCUCCCCCAGCUCCGGCACCAGCCCCUGUGUCCUUUUCUGCCCCCAAACCUUGGGCUCCUGCAGCACCCGUGACCAAUGCUACACCUCGACCUUUUGGCGAGGCCCCCAAACCUACAGGUCAGGGGGCAACCAGGGGAAAGAAAGGUGAUGCUGCCAUGAAUCCUGCUGCCCUGCCAACAGCUGGACGCAUACCACUGUGUUCUUCCUGCAACAUGCCCAUCAGGGGUCCUUUUGUUACUGCUCUUGGCAAAUGUUGGUGCCCUGACCACUUCAUAUGUGCCAACCCUCAGUGUGGGACCAAGCUGCUGGACAUUGGCUUUGUGGAGGAGGGAGGAUUCCUCUACUGUGAGAGGGAUUACGCCAUACACUUUGCUCCUCAUUGUGAGAAGUGCGGCCGAGCUGUCAUUGGUGAGUGUGUCAAUGCUCUUCAAAAAAGCUACCACCCAGAAUGUUUCCUGUGCGCCCAGUGCAAGCAGCCGAUUGGUGGAACCAAAUUUCACAUCGAAGACGGAAAGUUUUACUGUGAACAGGACUGGGCCAGCAUGUUCCAGACUAUGUGUUCAGGCUGCAACUUCCCUGUUGAGCCAGGCGACAGAUGGGUGGAGGCCAUGGGGAAAAAUUUUCAUUCUGAAUGUUUUAACUGCUCGACUUGUCAAGUCAAUCUGGAAGGUCAACAGUUUUGUGCUAAAGGGGGAAAAGCUUACUGCAAGAAACACGCUCGUUAGAGAUCUUCAAUUUAGAACAUUAAUUAAGUGUACACAGAGCUAGUAUAGCCACAUUUAGUCUAGGAGACAUUGUUGCUAUAGUUACUGUUGCUAUAGUUUCAACAAUAGCAGACAGCAGUGAGUGGUUCCCACUGUUGCAUGAUUUCCCUGUCCAAUUUCUUUUUUUUCUGUUUACAAUAUGUGUGUACCACAGCAUGGAGAUGUGGCCAAAAUUCACCUGUGUGUGUCUGAUGGCCAAAAUUUCACAAGUGUGUUUGAUGGCCAGAAAUCUUGACUUAUGUGUGUCUGCCAUUUUCUCCUUAAACUGCUGACUUGUUUUACAUUUGUUCAUACGUUUGUACAAAUUCAAAGUAAAAAAACAACAACAACCACAACUUAGAUCGUUGUGUUGUACAACUAAUGUAUUGCCGUAUACAGCUCUGUUUUACACUGAAUAUAUAUAUAGCAAUAUUUAAAUUGUAUGCCUGUCAUGAUUAUAGUUAUACACAGCCUUUAUUGUCGUGUUUUAUUCAUUGCUGCCAAAAGUUAUCUGUCUCUAAGUUACAAAACCCCUUUAUAUUUCAAAGUGUUUCUAGAUAGUUAUUAAUAAAAAUGAAAGAUAUUGUUUUUGAUACAAAGAUUAUUAUUACUAUAAUUUUUAAAGUUUUUUUCUAUUUGAUGAAAUUAUUAACAGAAGAACUCUGAUAUUUUUUGUUAUAAAAAAAGAUUUUAAAAAAUGUUUUAUAAAAAUCUUGUAUCGACUUUUUCUUAUCAGACAGUUAUUGCUGAGUUGUAAUUAUUCAGUCAUUAGCCAGAAGCCACUCAGUAGUCUACAUAGCCUUGACCUUGCUCAUCCUGCUGUUGCUGCACAUGCUAAUACUAAUCUUUGUCCAGUGUAAAUAUACAAGGUUGUCUUGACCUGAAUAUUUUAAACUAACUGCUGCCCGCAUAAAAAAAAAGCAGAUGUGAGUGUGUGUGUGUUUGACCACUUGACCAGCUGAGUUCUCUCUCUCUUCAGUACACGUUUGAGCCCUGUCCACCUUAUAGAAUCAUUCCAAGAGAUAGUUUAUAGACAGGCGAGAAGGUGAGCAGUUUAUAGACAGGACCUGCGUCUGCAGUGGUUCUCACUUUAAGAUGCAUACCACGUGGUCUACAGCGGUUCUCACAACAAGAUCCCAGGGUGUGAAUGGUGGAUCUUUGUUUCAGAUGUUACUUUACAAACUGUGAUAGAAUGAAUUUGCCUUACACCUGACAUAUCUUUAUUUUUAUAUCAAUUUUUUGUUCACUUUUAAUUAAGCCUAUUAGAUGAGUAGAGGCUUUAUCAAUCAAAAUAUAGAAAAAAAUAUACAAGUAUAAUUUGAAAAAAAAAAAAAGCAAUUUUCAGAAUGAACAAAGAAAAAUUAUGUAUUUAAAAUAUAUUUUUUGUUACUGUCUUGUGAAAGGUAAUUGAACUGGUCAGUAAGUAUUUAAUUUGCAUAAUUAUGUGUACAGUAAUUAUUUCAUUUUUAUAUUUUGAUUUUUAAAGCCUGAAGUUAUAAAAAAAAUAUAAUAGAUGGUGUAGGAAACAGGUCCAUAUUAAGUGUUCACUAUCAAUACUUUAUUUAACAAAUAUUUAUGCCUUUCAAUGCCACUUAUUAUUUCAAAUGACUUUUUGUCAUUUCAGAUGUUUUUAAUGUCAUUCAAAUAACUGUAGAGUAUAAUGACAUGUUCAUUGGUGUUAUUAUAUAUGAUUAUGCUGUCAUUUAAAGCAACAUAACUUUUUUUUUUAAUAAUAUGACAUUUCAAACAUAUCUAGUUUGUAAUGAGAUGUUCCUGUUUGACAUCAAGAUGAUAGGUUAUCAUUGUAUACACUGAUAAGUCAAUGCCAGAUUAGUUGUGUGUAGAAUAGUUAUUUUUUCAAAGAACUGCAUAUCUGUAGACCCCUAAGGAUGUGUGGCCUAGUUGUUACCUCCCCUUGCAUGAAGAAUUUGAAUGUCUAGAAUAAUUUAUGCAAUUCUUUUUAUUUUGUACUGUUGUCAUGCAAAUAUUUAUCUACAGUGAGGGGUGGUAACUCUGAAUUCUUUUAAUUGUUGCUGUGGACCUUAAAAAAUUGGACAGAGUGAUGUAAACAUGAUCUGUUGUGGUGCUAUAUUAUAUUCUUGUAGUGUUGAGCCAAUAUUCUUAGUGCACUUCAGCUUGGUCAUAUUUUGUUUUAACCUAUUUAAUCCAUAACUAGGUCAGAAAAUAUAAUAAAAAUUUGAUCCCAUAAAA